UCCUGCUAACUUACGCAAGCUGCAUCGGGCUUAGAAAAACCAUAGCGACUAUUUUCCUCCAACAACUCCAUUCUCCCUCUCUAUCCUCCAAAGAGUUGAGGAUCUGUGAUCUAUACAUUUUAUCUGAGGCAAUUGUUCUGCGUGCAGUUUAGACUCUGGGGGGCUUGUUGCUGGUUAAGCAAUGAUUCAUUUGAAAGAAAAGAAAAUGGGAUCCAUGAUAUCUCAGUUUUUGCUUAUUGGCUAUGUUUUAUUCAUCUUUCUGGACAAUGUGUAUGCCGGUGUUACAAGCAACUUCAUCCGUUCAGAGUGGCCAUCAGUUGACAUUCCUCUUGAUAAUGAAGUUUUUGCAAUUCCCAGUGGUUAUAAUGCACCAGAGCAGGUUCACAUCACUCAAGGAGAUUAUGAUGGAAAAGGUGUGAUUAUAAUAUGGGUGACACCUGAAAAACCAGGGUCAAACCAAGUAAGAUAUGGAACAUCAGAGAAAAAGUACGAUUUUACUGCUGAAGGGACAGUGAAAAACUAUACGUUUUACAACUACACAUCUGGCUAUAUUCAUCAGUGCCUUGUCAACGACCUUGAGUAUGACACCAAGUACUUCUAUGAGAUUGGAGAAGGCGAUUCUGCUCGAUCAUUUUGGUUUCAAACACCUCCAAAAAUCGAUCCAAAUGCUUCUUACAAAUUUGGAAUCAUAGGUGACUUGGGGCAAACAUAUAAUUCACUGUCCACUCUUGAACAUUACAUUCAGAGCGGAGCACAAACCGUAUUACAUGUUGGAGAUCUAUCUUAUGCUGAUAGGUAUCAAUACCAUGAUAUGGGUGUACGCUGGGAUUCAUAUGGUCGUUUUGUUGAAAAAAGUGCAGCAUACCAACCAUGGUUAUGGACAGUGGGAAAUCAUGAAAUAGAGUAUAUGCCAUAUAUGGAAGAGGUUGUUCCUUUCAAACAAUAUCUUUACAGAUACACGACCCCCUAUGCAGCCAGCGGUAGCAGUAAUCCUCUUUGGUAUGCCGUCAGACGUGCAUCCGCUCAUAUAAUUGUGCUAUCCAGUUAUUCUCCAUUUGUAAAAUAUACACCUCAAUGGGAGUGGCUACAAGCCGAAUUUAAAAAAGUGGACAGAAAGAAAACACCGUGGCUUAUUGUUGUCAUGCACGCCCCUAUAUACAACAGCAAUAGUGCUCACUACAUGGAAGGUGAAAGCAUGCGAGUUGCAUUUGAGAGCUGGUUUGUUCAGUACAAAGUUGAUGUGGUCUUUGCAGGACAUGUCCAUGCUUACGAAAGAUCGUACCGGAUCUCCAACAUACAAUACAACGUAACCGGUGGUGCAAUGUAUCCUGUGCCAGACAAAUCAGCUCCCGUUUACAUAACCGUUGGAGACGGAGGAAACCAAGAAGGUCUUGCAUCAAGGUUUAAUGAUCCUCAGCCUGACUAUUCUGCAUUUCGGGAGGCCAGCUAUGGACAUUCUACACUAGAGAUAAUGAAUAAAACCCAUGCAUUCUAUCAUUGGAAUCGCAAUGAUGAUGGAAAGAAAGUUCCAACCGACUCCUUUGUGUUACACAACCAGUACUGGAACAAGAGUCUUCGGAGAAGGAAACUGAAGAAGAAAUAUCUGCAUGCAAUCGUCCCAACUCUUGAACUUAAUAGAUUAUGAAGGCGAAGGAACGUUGUUGGUAAUGCUGACGUCCAUGAAAUAAAGGCAUCAAGCAUUCGUUAUUGUUAUCGUGUAGGAAAUUCGCUUUUUCGAAGCUUUUGUAUGUUAGCUUCUGUGCCGGAAUAAGAAGUUUGAAGGUAGAAUUCAAACAUCUUUGAAAUGGAAGAUAACGACUCAAGCAUAUGUAACUUGUUAUGGACUCAUGGUUUUGUUUUAUUGCAAACGUUUAGCAGUUGAUGGAUGUUUUAUGUUUCGGGAAUGGUAGGAUGUAUGCAGAUUUUACCUCAAUAAAGACUGGUUUCAAAAUUAUGAACUC